AUGAAGUCGCUGUACUUCCGGCACCAGCUCAGCGAAGCGAAGAAGUUUGUCGAGUACAGCAAGCACUCGUCGGCGUGGCUGCACACAACGCCGACACGCGACUGUGACCUGAUGAUUACGUUCCCGCUCGACACGGAGGACCACACGUUCAUGUGGCUUCUCGCACGCCUCCGCUGUCGCACGCCCGAGCUCAUCGUGCACGUGCGUCACCACGGCAACACGGGCGCGUUUGCGUUCUACUUCACGAUGAACAGCGAGAACCUUCUGAAGGGAGCGGAGGUGCAAAGAAUCCGAAAGCGUCUAAAGCCCGAGUUUGGUGGAGGCCUCAAGGAAUUCUCCUAUCAAGACCAGAUGUUAUUCGAGGGUGUGGAGGACAUGGCUUCAUUCAUCACGAGUCAGGAGCGGCAGUCGAUCAUCCUGCACAUGAUCUACAACCUGCGUGCGACCGACGGCGACGAGCUAAAACACCUCGCAUUCCGCGACGGCGAGGCCAUCGCUUGGUACCCCCUCUCUCUGUUUGGCUUGCAGGCGAUGGAGGAUGCCUGCUUUGUGAUAUUCGCGUUCGUGAACGUGAUCUGGGCAACGCUGUACCUGGAGUCAUGGAAGCGGCGUUCAUGCGAGCUCGCCUACAUGUGGGGCACACUGGACAAGGAGCCGGACCUGCUUGCCGAACCCAGACCCUUGUUCAAGACGUGGAAGCUACGUAACGGAACAGAAAACUAUAGGCUGGAAAAGGAAUACGAAAAUCAGCUUAUAGUCAAACUGUUUGUGUUUCAGUUUGUGAACUCGUUCCUGUCACUCUUCUACAUUGCCUUCUACAUACAAGACAUGGAGCGCUUGAGGGAGCAACUCGCCGCGCUGCUUUAUGUGAUCACGCGUCAGGUGAUAGGUAACGUACGCGAGGCGCUCGUUCCCUACGUCAUCGACAAAUACAAGAUGGCGCGCAGCUCGUACGAACUCGCCGAGAAAGCAGGCCACGGCGGCGGUGACAAGUGCUCGCCCGGCAGCGCCCCCUACAGGUUACUACUGGUCACCGUUGCUAUUGGUUACCAUUGUUAUUGGGAUGUGAUGGAGAUCAUCGGAGUGAUCGCGGUGAUCGUGAACAGCGCGCUGAUCGGCAUGUCCGGACAGAUCCACCGCAUGUUCCCGAACCUCACCCGCGUUGGAACCAUCGUGCUCAUCGUUGUUCUCGAGCAUGCCAUUCUAGCGAUGAGGUACGCCAUCACGCGCGCCAUACACGAGGUGCCAGGCUGGGUCGCCACGGAGAUGGCCAAGAUGGAGUUCAAGCGACGACAACUCAUAAGGAUAAUGGAGUCGAGCAUCUCCGUGGAUGAGGACGGGGAGCGGGAGGCUGCGGGUAACCCCGUUGCCACGGCGACGGACUGCGACGCGUCGGGUCAGCAGCAGCCGAGGCCGCAGCGGCCGACGUCCCUCCAUCCAUCUAGAUCUCGGCCGCAGGGUGAGGGAAGGGUUUGCUACUCACGUUCGGUUUGCGUCUGA